GAAUCCAAUGAUCUAAGAAUGACAGAUGCAUUUUUAGUUUUAAACACAUAACCUAGAAAUCAGUUAUUCAGAUAGGCAUUUUAAAUUCAUCUGUUUUGGUUGGAUUUAGGGUCAUUAUCAUUCCUUAUGAAAAGGAAGGGAACCCAGAAGCUUGCUAUCCACAAGGCUAUGACAGAUGCAUUCCAGAAAUGUGUUUAGAAAGUGGUAAAAUAGCUGUGGCAUAUAGACCCUGUGAAGAGGUCACAGAUGCUAGAACCGAAGAGGAACAACAGGAUUUAAUUCAAGUCAGCUACUUUUCUUGUCAGCCGUGUGGCCAAAGGGAGGAAGAAUGCCUCUCAGACUUGAGCUUUGAGGAGGAAGUGUUCAGAUUGCCAGAACUGGACUAGCACUUUUGAAUUUCCCAGAAUGCCAGGUCUUGUGGUUUCCUUGGGAAGCUCUGCAUCCUUCCCAACCCCCCGCCACCCCUGGGCCGCUGGAGUUUGGGGCCACUCGGGUCUCCAGCUCAAAUCCCGCCUCAUUGUUUGGGGCCAGGGAGGGCAGGGAGGGCUUGGGAAGAGGGCCCAGCAGGAGGUAAUUGUCGCCUUUGCAAGGGGAAGGAUGGCUGGCGCCCUGGGGACUCUGGGAAAAAGGCCCACUCUGGUGGCGCGCAUUGGAUCUCCGCACGAACCUAAUAACGGUGGCGGAACUAAACACGUCAUAAAUAACGGGUGGGACGUUAGGUGGGGGAGGGGCGCGCGGUUGCUAACGUGAGCCCUGGCGUCGGCGCUGGCACAGCGGUUCAGCUCGGACGCAGGAUGUAGCUCCGGCUCCUCAGUGGCCUGGGUCACUGCGCCUGGGAGCCGCCGCGUGUUAUGUCCCGGCUGCGCCUUUGGUUGCCACGGCUCUUCCUCACGUGGCAACAACUGUGGCUUCUAGUCCAGGCAUUUCAGCCUCCGGAGUGGGCCCUGGGCCCCGUCCAGGUGACCCCGAACCCCCCCGCGGCUGACCGAGGCUUGGUCUUCACUCGCCUCAGACCCCCUCCCAAAUUGCCCCAUGCCCUUACACCCUGGCAGAAGCCGGGGGCUUUAAUUACUUGACGUCCUCGUCUCCAGUCCAGAUGUUGGCCCCGCCUCAUCAGGAGUUGACUGAGACUGAGGUUCCAUACGCGGACACGGAUUCGGUUGGGGAGCUGCCUACAGGGCCAGAUCAGUUUGCUGUUCCACAUCAGGAUCUGAAUACCAAGCAAACCCAACAUCAAAAGCUCCCAGAGGAAGUUCCAGUGCUGGAUUGGAAUCAGAAUCAGGCCUUGGUUCUGCCUUCUCGACACAAAAGUAAGACUAAAAACAUAGGUCUAGAUCAGGCUGAAGGUCACCAAUCAUUUGAAAUACUUGUUCCACCUCUAGGUAGUAAGAGCUCAAAACCAGUGAAGUUUAUUGUUUCACCCCCAAACCUGAAGAAAGAUCUAGUUCAGCAUCAACGUUUUGCCAAAGUUGUUGUUGGAACUAUAGGCCAAUUUGAAAAAAAAACUCAGGGUCUAGAACAACAGUUAGCAGGGUGAUUAUUCAGAUCCCAGUAUGGAUGCCUUUUAUCAUGAGGACAGCCUACCUACGGAUUUUCUGGGGAGCCCAGAUGAACCUCCAGAGCCCCCUGUGGAAGCUGAAAUUUCUCCAUCCCAGCAGGAGGCCCAAACUGGUCAUUCUAGAGCUCACUGAGGAGGCUGAAUCUUUACCCCAGCAAGAGGCCCCUGCUCAGCAUCCACAGACCCCUGAGGAGGUUGAAUCUUUUUCAGCCCAGGCAGAGGCCCGGGCUCAGCAUCCAGAGCCCACUGAAGAGGUAGAACCACCUCCACUUCAGCAGGAGGCUCCAUCUCAGCCUUCAGAGGCCCCUGAGGAACUAGAAACUUCAAGUCCUCAGGAGGCCCUAGCCCAGCCUUUGGAGACACUUAAGGAGGUUGUAGUUCGACCAGUAGCACAUCAUGGGGUAAAUGAAACUCAGCAGUCAAACUUGUACAAUGUCACUGUUAAACCUCUGGAUCUGGCACUGACCAUAACUCCACAGGUCACCAAAGAGGUUGAACCUUCUCCAGUCCAGCAGGAGACCCCAUCUCAGCCUCCAGAGAGCCCUGAGGAGGUUGAACCUCCGCCAGUCCAGCAGCGGGCCCCAUCUCAGCCUCCAGAGAGCCCCGAGGAGGUUGAACCUUCUCUACUCCAUCAAGAGGCCCCAACUCAGACUCCAGGGUUCCCUACUGAGUAUGUACUCCAAAUUCCAGUGAGUGAUGAGGUAGCAUCUCUACCUGGCGUUCAGCAUCACGCUCAUUCAAACUUGCCCAGUGUUACACUUCAACCUCUGGAUUUGAAACUUAGCAUCACUCCAGAGCCCACUACGGAAGCUGAACUUCCUACAGCUCAGCAGGAGGCCCUGGCUCCACCUCUUGAGCAUCCUGAGGAGACAGAAUCUUCUCCAACCCAACAAGAGACCUCAGCUAAGCCUCCAGAGCCUCCUGGAGAGGUUGAGCCUUCACGUGAGCGGGAGCAACCAGCUCCACCUUCUGAGCCUCCUGGGGACGUUGAACCUUCUGCAACCCAGCAGUAGACCACAGGUCAGCCUCCAGAGCCUCCUGUGGAAGCUGAGCCUUCUCCAAGUGAACAGGAACAACCGACUCAGCCUUCUGAGCCUACAGAGCCUCCUGAGGAGGUGAAGCCAGCAACCCAGCAGGAGACCCCAGCUCAGCUUUCAGAGUCUUUUGGAGAAGCUGAAAGUUCUGCAACCCAGGAGGAGGCCUCAGCUCAGUCUCCAGAGCCCUCUAGUGAGGCAGAAUCUUCUCCAACCCAGCAGGAGAUCCCAGCUCUGUCUUCAGCGGAGACAGAACCUUCUGCAACCCUGCAGGAGCUACCAGCUCAGCCUCCAGAGCCUUCUUGAGGGGAGGUGGAACGUUCUGCAACUCAACAGGAACAGCCAGCUCAACCUCCAGCACAUCUCGAAAUGACAGUUUCACCUCCAAGUCACCAUCAUGCUGAGCAUUCAAACUUAUCCAGUGUCGCUGUCAAACCUGCAGAUGAGGAGCUUACCAUAACAAAAGAACCCACGCCAGAAAGGUGGGACCUUCUCCAAAUCAGCACAAGCCUUCAGCUCAGCCCUCAGUGCCCCUUACUAAUGCAGAAUUUUCUACAACCCAGCAUGAGGCCCCCACGCUGCCUUCACAGCCACCUGUGGAGGUUGAACCUUUGCCAGUUCAACAGGAGGCUCCAGCCCAAUCUCCAGAAGCCGGUACACAGAAUAAACCUUCAGUACAAGAGGAGACCCCAGCUCAGUAUCCAGAGCAUCCUGGAGAAGAAGUUACACCUGCCACAACCCAGCAGGAGACUCCAGCUCAGCAUCCACAGGCUCCUGAGGUUGUACAUUCUCCACCUCAGCAGGAAGCCACAGCUCAGCCUCCACAGUCUCCUGGUGAGGCUGACUCCUCUCCAGCCCAGUCUCCAGAGCUCUCUAAUGUGACUGUAGUUUUCUCUCCAGAGCAUCAUGUGACAACAGUUUCUCCUGUAGGUCAGGAUCAAGCUCAGCUUCUGCAGCGGCCCGAUGUCACUGUUAAACCUGUGGAUCUUGCACUUACCGUAACUCCAGCGUUCACUAAUGAGGUUGAAACUUCUCCACCCCAACAAGAAAACUCGGCUCAGUCUACAGUGUCCCCUGAGCAGUUGGAACCUUUGUCAGUCCAGCAAGAGGUUUCAGAUCAGCAUCCAACCCCCACUGAAAAUGUUGAACCUUUUCCAGUUCAGCAGGGAGCCCCAACUCAACCAACAUACCCCGAGGUGACAUUUCCAAAUCCAGAGCAAGUUCAGGCUCAGCAUCCAACCUUGACUGAGGUCACAAUUCAACCUUUGGACCUUGAACAGACCAUAAGGCCCGAACCCACUAAGGAGGAUGAACCUUCUCCAACCAUGCAGGAGACCUUAACCCAGCCUCCAGAACCACCUAAGGAGGUUUUUGUAGCUCAGCCUCCAGUAUACCAGAACCCAAUAGAUCCAGCACCAGAUCAGGAUCACACUGAGCCUCCAACAUCACCCAGUGUCAGAGUUCAACCUUUAGACCAGGGGCUUACCAC